UGCAUUUCCCUGAUGAUUAGAGAUGUUGAGCAUUUUUUCAUAUGUUUCAAACAAACUUGUUUUGAUAUAUUUUCUAGACAAGGGUGACAUUGUAGAGAACUAAUACUGAUUUUGUCAGAGUAUAUGAUAAUCUGGUGUCAAGAGGAAAAAAAUAUAUAUGAAGUGUUAUAUCUAUUAAUAUAUAUAUAUGAUUGUGUGUCUGUGUGUUUAGCUUUUGGAGGUAAUUAUUCAUCUAUCCAUCCAGCCAAACCACUUCACAUGUUUGAUUGCUCAGGCUGUUCUAGUGAUAUAAUAGUGAAGAAAAUGGACCAAGUUUUCAGAAACUUGUAUUUUAGUGAUGUGAUGCCUAAUGGAGAAGAGUUCUGAAUUAAAAAUAGAGCAAUUGAGGUGGUUGGAGAGUAAGGGUGAGGGUGUUAAUUUAUAUAGGAUGAUCAAAAGUGGUCUUUGGUAAAAUUGAUCUUUGAGCAAUAUUGUGUGGUCCACGUAAUACAAUCACAGAUGACUAGGAUUAACUAGAGAUUGAAUGAAAUACAGCAACCAAAAUCAUUUGAAAAUUAUGUAGAUCUUCAAUUAUAGAGCAUUACUUCUGGUUUUCAAAUUUUAAAAUUGACUAAAAUGGUAUUUGUUGUUUUAUUUAAAUGUUGAACACUUAACUACAAAGGCCUAUUCUAAAUAAACCCUGAUUCUCCAUCUUAAGAGGAGUUGUCUGGGGGAAUGUCACAUAGAAAAAAAUCAGUUAUAACUACAGAAAGAGGACAGUUUGGCAGACUUAAGUGUUUUUUGUGUGUUUGUUUGCUUUGAGGAAUUUUUUCCCUAAGAAAACAACGGAGAUCAAGGAAGGUUAAGUUUCUGAUGACCAGAUGAUAAACAUUAGAGAGGAGUUGAAAAACUGAAGCAUGUCUAGAGGAAAUUAAAAGAGGAUGCAGGAGCCCUGAGAAUCGGAGCUCGAAAUUGUGUAGAAAUGACACCUGCAGUAAACUUGGUGGAAAGAGGAGUUAGAACAGUCUAAGACGAGGAAUUUUACUGUUUUGAUUCCCUGUUACUUCUAGAAAGAAAAAAAUAUUGAGAUAGUUACAACUAAAUGUCAGAUGUGCUAAAUACACAGGACAUAGAUAUUUAGGAAUCUUGGUGCAAAGAGAAGGAAUUAUUCUGUGCUAAUUAGGACAAGGGAGGUUACUGGAAUGGAGUAAUUGAGCAUGUAGUCCAUGCCAGGACACCAGGGCCUAUUCUGGACUUGCACAACCCUAAGAGUGAAUUUUGCACCACUCAAAUUUUGCACCCUAGUUGCUUCCCUUGUUUCAUUCUAGUCCUGGCCCUACAGGGCACAUAGAGCUUAGGAGUCUUCUCUGUGGCCAUCAAACUUCCCAUCCCACCCCACUUCCUCUCUUUACCUCUCCAUAAAGCCCUUUUAUCUGCUUGCUUUUUCUUCCAUACUUAAAUAUCAGAUUUAAGUGGCAGACAGUGUAAUGGGGAAAAAAGUCUUAUUUCUAAACCCCACUGCUUAUGAUAAGAAAUAUUAAUAGCUCCAUUCUUCCAGCAAUUCAUCUGCAGAUAUGGAUGAUCCUCCAACUCUGUGGAAAGCACUGGAAAUUAACCAGAAGUGCAGGCAACAGGAGACAGGAUAGUUUGGUUUAGGCAUGUUGCAUAGACAAGUGAUCACAACCAGUUGAUGAGGUGGUAUAGAAAAAGUACCCCAGAGUUAGAAGAGAAAGGCAAAGUUAGAGUUGGAGAUGUUCAGGCAAGGAUAGGGGCUAGCAGGAGAAGCACAGCCUUUCAGAAAUCCUCAUGCGAUGAUAUAUGACCCAGACAGAGGCGGAUGGUCUGAGUUUCUUGUUGGGUCAUGACUCAGGCUUGGAAGAACUGUCAUUGAAAAGCUCUGAUAGAUGACAUUCCUCUCAGUGCCCCUUGAAGUGUUCUGAGCCAGGACAUACUUGCACUGGCUUGUAAAGGAUUGGCAAGGCCCUUCUGCCUUGUCAGAGCAUGGCAGUGCUGGGCAGAGUCGUCUUGACAGGGACUCAUGCCCAGAUAGAACUAUCCAUCUUAAGAUCUCAAGGCUUGGUGAACAACUCUCCUUCCUCAUCCAUAGCAUAGCUAAAGGAGUCUUAUUCUUUUUUCCAUUUUUUCUGUUUACUUACCCUUUCCUUUUCAUCCUCUAAUUCAGUCGGUAUUCCCCUCAACCUUUCCAUCCUUGGCCUUGCUCGUGUCAUUCUUCCAGUUGGAAUGCUGAGCAGUGAAUGCAUCUCUCCCUCUCCUACCCAAAUCUAGAUAGGUACAUCCUUGGAAGCCCAUAUUGAGGGCUGCCUAUUCUCUAAUGUCUUUGCUAAUCUCUUUUUAUUCUAUUUUUACAUUACCGAGAACUUUAGAGUCUUUUUGCUAAUCUCUUGGAUCACUCCUCUGAGCCCUUCUGACGCACUGUGAGCAUUCCUUUGGUUCUAACUAGGAGGCAGUUAAGGUGAGUGAAAAGAACUUGGACUUAGGCAGACCUUAGUUAGAAUUCCUGUUUCCAUUCCUGACUAGCUCUGUGAUCUACAGUUAAGUGUAUUUACCUGAGUUCUGUGCCCUCAUCUGCAAAGUGAAGAAUCAAAUCUUACCUUGCAAGUCUGUUGUACAAUAUAUGAAAAUGUAUAUAAUGUGUGGAAAGCCUUUAGGACAAUUCCUGGCUGAUAGUAGAUACCCAAUACACACUGGCUUAUAUUGUUAACUUUUGAUAUGCUGGAACUGAACAGAAAUGGCUUUAUUUAGGAGAAAGGAAUCAGGAGGCCAAUACUGGGAGAACAGAGGUAGGACUGGGGACAGGUAUUGAGGCCAUGUAUGAAGCACUCCAAAUUAGGUCCCCAGACCUAAAGGCAAGGCAAGACAUGCUCAGACACUAGGGGAGCAGUGAGAUAUUGUGUACAAGCAGCUAGUGACCAGAGGUCAAGGCACAGAUUUAGCCAUUGGGCUGAGAUCAAGGAGAAUAUACACCAAGUGUUCAUGACUAUGGUUUAGUAAAAAGAUAUACAGCCAAUAUUUACUGUACACUUACUUUGUGCCAGAGCCUGUUCUAAGUGUACCAUCUCAUUUAGUCCUCACAAUAGCCUUGAGUUAGGUAUUAUUAUAAUUGUUCCCAGUUUACAGAUGAGAACACUAAGGCAGGUAGUUUAAAUGACUUGUCUAAAGAAACACAGUAAGUGGCAUAGCCUGAAUGCCAACCUAGGCAAUCUGGCUCCAGAGCCCAUGCUUUUAAACUACUGCUUUCUAGUAGAUCCCUUCAACUAAAAGCCUUUCUUUGUUGGUCCAGAGGCCAAAUUGAAAGAUGUGCAGCCAGCAAAGAGCAAAUAAGUCCCUAAUUUAUUUAUUGUUAAUAUUAUUAAUGUAACAAAUGGUUGGUAAACCAUUUGUGAAUCCCUACUGGAUUCCUGUACUAUGCUAAUGUGCUCUGUGUACAUUCUUCUUUAAUUCCCACAACUAUUAUGCAAGGCAUUAUUGUAUCUAUUUUAUAAAUGAAAAAAAGAAAAGGCUCGUGGAGUUGUUUUCUUCCCCUUUGCAUCAGAAGAGCACUACUUUUUCCAUCUACUCCUCAACCCGCAGCUAUCUAGCUUCUGCUCCAAGCCUUCCACUGAAACUCCUCUUACUGAGUUUACAAAUAACCUUCCAGUUGUGAAAUCCAGAGGACAUUUUUCAAUGAUUAACUCACUGGACCUCUCUUCUGCAUUCCCCUUGACAAUCACUUUAUGCUACAUUGUUUCCAGGACCAUGUCUCUGACCUAUUUCUUUUUUCCCCUGUAUCUCCCCAUUUCUUUUUUCUUGCCCUACUCUGUAAAUGUAUGUCUUCUUCAGGGGCACAUCCACAGCCUUCCUGAAUCUACAUAUGCUUCUUGGAUGGUCUCACCCAGUGGUCUCAGCUACCACUGAAAUGCUGGAGGUAGGGGAGAUGAUAGCAUACCCUUGACACCCAUCAACUUCAGACAAAGAUUAUUUACAUGCUGGAGACUCUUGUCCAUAUAAGCAUCUCAAAUUCAAUUGUAUCAAGCUGAACACAUGCAACCUUUUUCUGCACCACCCCCAGUCCUGACUCCACCCCACCCUCUAUUAUUUCAGUUGAGGUGCUGCUAUCCACCCAAUCAAUUACCCAAACCCAGAACCUGAAAGUCAUGUUUGGCUGCUCUUCCCAUACCCUCAGUACAGUGCCCUGUACUGUUUUCUCCACCCUAGUCAAAACUUUUUUAAAAGAAAGCUCAAAGCACAAAUGCAGAGAAUGACAUGAUCAGAUUUGAGCUUUCUACCCUUACUUUGACCUUCAUUGCUCUCAGGAUAAAUUCGAAGGUCCUCAACAAGGCUCAAGGCUCAAGUCCUCCUCAAAGCUCCCUGGAGUCCUGUUUCUGUCUGCUGUUGAGCCCCAUUUCUUGCCACUUCAACCUUGCUCUCCAGUUACACCUAACUUUUUGUGAUUUCCUGAACACACUAUGCCUGGCUGAUUUUUUUCAGAUUUUAAUACUCAGCCCCAGAGUCACCUCCUUCAGGAAGCCUUCUGUGAUCCUAUAGGCUGGGAUAUAUAUUCACAUGGUUCAUGUUUUGCCUUAAUGCUCCUAUAUUCCCUUAUGAAUAUUUCUGUCACUUUGUUUUUAGUAUUGAUUUAUGAUUAUUCCCAUGUCCAUCUUUUCCACUAGAUGGGAAGUCCUUGCUGAGGGAAUACACUAUUGAAUUCCCAGGAUCUAGCCUAUAAUAGGCCCCUCAGUGAAUGUUGCUUGAAUGAAUAAAUAAAUGACUAACUUUCCCAAGCUUAUGUUACAAAUAAGUUCUGAAAGUGGAACGAAAAUAUGUUGUACUCUGAAACUCAUGUUCAUUCUGCUUACUGUAUUUGCAUCACAGGGUAGUUAAGAGUCCUUAAAGAGCUGAUUUUUUUUUUCUUUAUAUGUACAUAAAGAGCUGAAUUUUAAGGGGCUAAACCUCCCUAUCAUAAAAUUUUCCUUCCAAUUUUUAAAAUUAGUUUUAAUUUUUUAGUAAUAUAUUCACAUGGUUCAGCAAUCAGUAUAAAAAAUUGUCAAAUUUUUUCCCAAUUCUUACUCCUUUUGCCCCAAGAUAACCAGCCUUGUUUCUUAUAUCUCCUUUCAGAUUUUCUUUUUGCCAAUGCAUGCAGAUAUAAACAUUCUUUUUCACCUCCUUUUAGAAAGGUAUUGAAAUUUUUUUUAACUUCUCUACUUUUUCUUAAGUGAGUAUAUGCUAACAAAAAGAGCUAACCAGUACCCAGCUUGAAUGAAUUCACAGAAGGAUACUUGGAAGAAGACAGCUAUUUAAUAAGGCCGGAGGGCGAUAAUCCUGCCUGCUCACUGGCCUCUACGGACAUCCCGGGCCUGCAGGAGAGAGCCUGUGAUGCAAGUAUCUCCACUAAGCAGAUUCUCAAGCUCCCUAGAGUUACCUUUUCUCUGGAACUUUUCCAGGCCACUCCCCCUGAUGCAAUAUCUAGGUUUGGGCAGAAAGGAGGGUGCUGCAGAGCCCGCCCUUUCUGAGCUUUCUGGGCCGUCUCUGGCUUCUAAACCAUUUUCAGGCUUCACUGUGACUCAGACCUCAGCUCCAACAUAUGCGUUCCGAAGCAAGGUGGCUGAGAUGGGCAGAGUGCUUCAUUCUGGAAGGAAAUUAUGUUCCAGGUCAAACUGAGUCUACCAAACACAGACCUUCACAGUGGUUCUAAAAGAAAUCUGGACAAGUCUUAUCAUGUGGUUUUUCUACGCCUUAAUUCCAUGUUUGCUCACAGGUGCAGUGGCCAUUCUACCUGCCCCUCAGAACCUCUCUGUACAUUCAACCAACAUGAAGCAUCUCUUGAUAUGGAGCCCAGUGAUCAUACCUGGAGAAACAGUAUACUAUUCUGUUGAGUACCAGGGGGAGUACGAGAGCCUGUACACGAGCCACGUCUGGAUCCCCAGCAGCUGGUGCUCACUCAUGGAGGAGCCUGAGUGUGACGUCACGGAUGACAUCACGGCCACGGUGCCAUACAACCUCCGUGUCAGGGCCACACUGGGUUCACAGAGCUCAGCCUGGAGCACCCUGACACAACCCUUCAAUAGAAACUCAACCAUCCUCACCCCACCUGGGAUGGAGCUCACCAAGGAUGGCUUCCACCUGGUCAUUGAGCUGGAAGACCUGGGGCCCCAGUUUGAGUUCCUCGUGGCCUACUGGAAGAGGGAGGCUGGUGCUAAGGAACAUGUCAAAACCGUGAGCAGUGGGGGCAUUCCACUGCACCUGGUAACCAUGGAGCCGGGGGCUGCAUACUGUGUGAAGGCUCAGACUUUCGUGAAGGCCAUUGGGAGGCACAGCGCCUUCAGCCAGGCAGAGUGUGUUGAGGUUCAAGGAGAGGUCCUUCCCCUGGCGCUGGCCCUGUUUGCAUUUGUUGGCUUCAUGCUGAUCCUCGUGGCCGUGCCGCUCUCCAUCUGGAAAACGGGCCAGCUGCUCCGGUACUCCUGUUGCCCUGCGGUGGUCCUCCCAGACACCUUGAAAGUAACCAAUUCACCCCAGAAGUUAAUCAGCUGCAGAAAAGAAGAGGUGGAUGCCUGUGCCAUGACAGCUGUGCUGUCCUCUGAGGAGCUCUUCAGGACCUGGAUCUAGUGGGCUUCGGGAAGGGCCCGGGUGAAGCUGAGAAUCUGGUCUGCAUGACACAGGAACCACGAGGGGACAGGCUGUGUUUGUUUUCUUCCAUGGACAAGGGACAGUAGAAGUAAGAAGACUCUGCUGUCUACAGAGGCAGAGUGGUUUGCCUGAUGGAGCACUGACUUGGGGUCAGAUGUGACCUCUAGACCUGGAGCUGCCAUUUCCCUACCUGAGUGACUCUGGGGAAAGUGACUUUAUCCCGCUAGUCCUCAGUUUUCUCAUCUGUAAUGGGAAAAGUAACUACAUACCGGCUAAACACACACAGUUUCUCUCUCUCCAGCCAUGCAAGUGCUAGGUGUAUGUGUGUGUGUGUGUGGGGGGAGGUAUACCCACACACACCCCCAGUAUUUGUGGGACUGUGAAACUGGUGACAUUGAACAGUGUGACGGGUUCAGCUUUUCUGGAGAGCAGGGUACAAACGUGUGAUUAAGAACUAUCGUGGCCUCUCCACACUAGUUGGCUUGGAAGUCCCAUUUUCCCAGAGGAAACCUUGGAGAGGAAGGGAAGGGCAGAAGUAAUGGUGUUGAUUUCACCUCAAGCCAAACGCCUGUGCAGAAGUAAAUGAAGGGCUCAGUAAGCUCUACAAUAGGUGACCUGGACGGAGGUCACAGCACACUGAAAAUGGAACAUGCUCAUGAAACACUAAAUGUUGAGCGUGUGUGCACACUGAGGACAGCAGCAAAACGUACGUGUGCACUGAGAUGAGAAUGCAGAGGGAUGUCUGUAACAAGUGGGACAUUUGCUGUGCUCCUUUGGAGUUGCUAAAGGGCAGAAAGGGGCCACCUGGGUAAUCUUUUUGGUUCCUGCCCAAAAGUGGUCUUCAAAGUUCUAGUGACAUAUCAACCUUGAGUCCAGAGAGGUCCCAAAGGACACCCAUGGUCAGGAGGAUGGGGGCAACCCCAGGUAGGGCCCGGGGCAGGGUGGAGCAGUCUCAGGCUUCUGCACAGCCCCUGGGAGUCCAGAACCAGGGGCUGCCUGGGGUGGGGCAGCCUCUGGCCGCAUAAGGAACCCACUAAGGCAGCUGGCAAAACCCUACCUGGUCAGGGUGCUCCUGGGCCUUCCCUGGAGGCCCCACACCACAGGUAGGGUCCCUUGAGGAUUCUCUUUACCUUGACUGGCUUGCUCAGGGUAUCCUCAAGCCCCUUCCAUUUGCUCAUCUAGGACCUGCCUCAGGAAGACUCUGUCCACCCUCCCCCCAACCAGGUGGAGAGCCAACAUCUGAGAAGGAACAGAGGGAGGAAGUUCCUUGAGGUGUGAAGGGCUUGAUGAGCAAGGCCUGUGCCUUGCUUUGUAACACCCACUACACCCUCCUCCCCGCAGCUCUGGAGCCUCUGAGUUGGUCCAUCUCCACCCCCACUUCCUGGGCCCCUUCCAGCCACCGCAGCGUCGGACAGUCUGACUGCUUCAACCAGGUGUUUCCCUCGUGCCAGAUAGAGGCUCACAGCCCUAUCUCCACCUGGUGGGGUCUCUCCAGGGUAUGAGAGAGCUGAAGAUCUUUUCGCUUGUAUCAUUUUGUAUGCUUCUGUGUUGUUUGACUCUUUUAUGAAGAGUGUGUGUUAAUUUUAUACUUGGCCUAAGCUGGAAACAUAUUUUCAGUUUGCAAAAAUAAAGACCAUGUUACUACA